CGUGUACCAGAUUCACGAUGACACCCUGGGAUUCCGCGAAAUUGCUACUUUGAGAAGGUAUCCUGAAAUGCAGUAAAACGAAUGGAGUUGAUGUGCCUGUGUCUUUCGGCAGGGGAACACAAGAGUGCGACGUUGCUAUCGACAGCAUUUUUUUUGUUUUCAUUUUAUUGGUUGGGAUGUUUAAAAAGAUAAGUUUUUAUUCUGUUAUGUUAGAAGUUGGAGCUUUCAAAAAUAAGUUGUUAUUCUAGAUUUCCCCACUCUAUCGCAUUUAGGGAGACAACUUCAAUUCCAUUGGAUUGUUAUUGCCAUUUAGAGUGGACACACGUGUGUGUGGGAUGUUGCGUGUGGGGCCCAGCCGCAUGUUUCUACAAAUCCCGUGAAUCGCUAUGUUUCUGCGUUAUAGCUAUUUGAACCAAAACACGAGUAAAUAUCAGCAGCGAAAUAGGACUGCUGCGUUGAUUUAAAACGUUUACGGAUUUAAAUAGCAUACACCAUACUUAAUAUUUCCCGCUAUGUCAGAUACGGCUGUGAAGUGUUUGGACUCAAUCUCUCACUGUUUGGACAAAAAUGACUGUUCUAUGGAGGACUUGACCAAAGAAAAUCAAGAAAAUGGGACUUUGCUGAUGGUGGCAAUGAUUUUACUUGACCUGAAACAGUGCGAUUCAUCUGCACGAAGCAACAUCGGUACAAGCAAAUGUUUAGGAGAUAGUGUCGCAGGAAAUCAGUCAACAGAGGAUGAAGCGCGGAAUCCCUUAACUGGACGACGUCCACCAAAUACAAGGGUGGUUAAGCAGAGUCAUCGGCGCACCGGGAGGUUACACGUGUCCCCGGAAAAGAAGCACUGCUGUCCCUUCAAUGGCUGUGGGAAAACCUAUGGCAAAUCAUCUCAUCUCAAGGCGCAUGUAAGAGUUCAUACAGGUGAACGACCCUUCCAGUGCACGUGGCCUGAAUGUGCCAAGAAGUUCUCGCGCUCAGAUGAACUAACACGUCACGUUCGGACACACACCGGAGAGAAGCGCUUCACCUGUCCACUAUGCGACAAGUGCUUCAUGAGGAGCGACCACCUCACCAAGCACGCACGUCGGCACGUGGGCUUCCACCCCAGCAUGCUCCACACCGCAUCGGGUCGGAGACAACAGUCUUCUUCGUCAAUUUCGUCAUCUGGAUCGAGUGACAUGCUGUCUGGAUGCGUGUAAUGGGCGCAAUUAACUCUCCAAAACACACACACACACACAGAUUAUGAACUUUCGGGCUCCUGGGCCCAGAUGUAUUGAGGACCCCCAACUAAUUGUUGCAUAUGUUUGAGGGGGGGUUUGGGGGUCCUCCCCCAGAACAUUUUUAAUUUGUUUGAUGUGAUUUCCUGUGUUCUGCUGCAUUUUGGGGAUGGCCAAUACUAAAUUCAAUCAGAUUCAUACAUCCUGAUUUGUUGAUAUUGAGGCAAUGAUUCCAUGCAAUGGCUUGGGCUUCAGAGCCCCCUGACCCCUUGGGCCCGGUAGGCCCGUGCAGUAAUCCAUCCCUGAGUGCUACCAGCUUUCCAGCUUAGUGCAUUAGCCAACAGUGUGUGGAUACAGUCAGGUUCUGCUACUGCCAUGAUCGCACACAGUGGUGUGCUUGAGUGAGAGCAAUGUAUGUUUGGUGUUAGUAUUACUUAUGAUGAUUUACACAGCGGUCAUAUUUUGUAAAGGUCUGCCAGGGAAAUUUUUGCUUUCAUGACAUGCUUUCUCAAAAAAACAUAGAAUCACUUCUCAA